CGCUCUACUGCUGCUUCAUGUUGCAUCCAUCGAUCGAUGCCGAGACAGCAGAGUGCGACAGUGCUGAAGGCCGUAGGCAGAGCACACGAUUCCCCAGUCGCCGCACCUCCACCGCCACUGCCGCCCGGACGCUCUCCACCACCUUCGUCGACGUCAAGAUGGCGCGCUCGGGGCACGAGGAAGUCACCGACUCCGGGGCAUUCGACCCGUCGCCGUCCACCUUCCGGAGCUUCGUGUCCAGGGACAGCUCCGCCCGGUUCCCCGCCGCACCGGGGAGGUACCACCUCUACGUCGCCUACUCCUGCCCCUGGGCGUGCAGGUGCCUCGCCUUCCUCAAGCUCAAGGGCCUCGAUCACGCCAUCGGCUUCACCUCGGUGAAACCCGUCUUUGAGAGGACCAAGGAGACCGACGACCAUAUGGGAUGGGUGUUUCCUGCCACCAAAGAUGAGGAGCCAGGUGCCGAGCCCGAUCCUUUCAACGGAGCCAAGAGCAUCAGGGAGCUUUACGAGAUCGCCAGCAGAAAUUACGCCGGGAAACCAAGCGUCCCUGUUCUAUGGGACAAGCAGCUCAAGACCAUCGUGAACAACGAGAGCGCGGAGAUCAUCCGAAUGCUCAACUCCGAGUUCAACGAGUUUGCAAAGAAUCCUGAUCUGGAUCUAUACCCUGCUCAUUUACAGGCCAGCAUAGAUGAGAUCAAUGAGUUGGUAUACGAAGCGAUAAACAUCGGUGUGUACAAAUGUGGUUUUGCAAAGCAACAGGGGCCAUAUGACGAGGCGGUCACGAAAUUAUACGAGGCUUUGGACAAAUGUGAGGAUAUUCUAAGCAAGCAACGCUUUUUAUGCGGCAAUCAACUUACAGAGGCAGACGUGCGCUUGUUUACAACUCUUAUAAGAUUUGAUGAGGUUUACUCUGUUUACUUCAAAUGCAACAAGAAGCUCAUCAGGGAAUACCCAAAUCUGUUCAAUUACACCAAGGACAUAUACCAAAUUCCUGGCAUCAGCAGCACGGUUAACAUGGAGUACAUAAAAAAGAGCUACUAUGGAGGCUACUCACCCAUAAAUCCAUACGGGAUUAUCCCUGUGGGCCCAAACAUCGAUUAUAAUGCUCCACACGACAGAGAGAAGUUUAACGCCUAGAAGAUUUCCUUUGGUGAUUUCUGUAUAUGCCAUGUUUGUUGUUGUAAUAUUGAGGAUCUUCUUGUGCUUGGUCAUUGCUAGUGUACUCCAUGUUAACCAGAUGUGGCUAAUACUAAUGAUACUGUGAUUGGUUGCUUUGUUCCGGUAGUAAUAGGGACUGUCAUGUAAAAUAUCCUGUAUAAUAGAUACUCUAUUUGUCUUUAAAUACAUGGCGAGUAGCACUGCUGUUGUGUACUUGUGUUCA